AUGGCAGCACAACUUUACAAAACUACUUCAGGACGUUUAUUUCAUGCUGGACAAAUAGCAAUCAUUACUGUAGGUUUACCAGCAAGAGGGAAAACGCACGUGGCGCGUUCAUUAUGUAGAUAUCUUCGAUGGUUAGGUGUUCAUACAAAAGUUUUUAGUGUAGGGAAUUAUCGUCGUCAAGCUAUGGGAACUGCUGCAAGUUUACCUCAUGAUUUUUUCAAUCCUGAAAAUCAUGAGACUGCUGAGGCACGGCACAAAAUUGCAACGGAAUGUUUACAAGAUAUGAUUAUAUGGUUACAGGAAGGAGGACAGGUUGGCAUUUAUGACGCCAGUAACACAACUCAAGAUAGACGUAAAGAAAUACAUGACACCUUAAUUAGUCACAACGUUCACCCCGUCUUUAUUGAAUCAAUAUGUGAUAAACCCGAAAUCAUAGAAACUAAUAUACGAAGCGUCAAAAUCACUUCACCAGAUUAUAUUGGCUGGGAUCCUGAAGAAGCCGUAAAAGAUUAUUGGUCGCGUAUAAAUAAUCAUUUGAGUCAUUACGAAACGAUCACAACUAUGGAAUUAAAUUUUGUAAAAAUGAUUAACGUUGGUGAACGCAUAAUUGUAAAUAACGUAAAGGGAUAUCUUCAGAGUCGUAUCGUAUACUAUUUAAUGAAUUUACACAUUUCCCCAAGGAUUAUAUAUUUUGCUAGAUCAGGAGAAUCAAUGAAUGAAGUAUCCCAAAGAGCCGACGCGGAAUUAAGUCCCACCGGAAUACGUUAUGCUCAAACAUUAAAAAGAUUUUUGAAGACUUUAAGGGAGAGAGAGAGAAAAGAACGUAAAGAGCAAGGAUGGGGUGACGAUGAAAGAAUGUUAACGAUCUGGACUUCAGCGCUUAGACGUUCAUAUCAAACGGCAAAACCUUUUCUUGAUGAAGGUUAUACCGUACAACAACGUCCAUUGUUGGGUGAAAUUAAUUUAGGUGAAGUCGAUUCGCUUACUGUUGAAGAGAUUAAGGCCAAAUUUCCCGAAGAAUAUGUAAAACAACAAAAGGAUCCAUAUCAUCAUCGUUACCCUAGAGCUGAGUCAUAUCAAGACUUGGCAGUUCGUAUAGAGUCCAUUAUUCUGGAACUUGAACACGAAAAAAACGAUGUGCUAAUUAUUGCUAACGAGACAGUAUUAAGAUGCCUAUACGCGUACCUUUUUGAUCGGCCAGAAGAUGAAAUUCCAAGGAUAGCUAUUCCACGUAAUUAUUUAAUUGAGAUAAUUCCUUCUGCUUAUGGAUGUCGUGAAACUCGCAUGGAAAUCGUUGACACCUUUGAUCAAUCGAUACCUAUAUUAGCUGAUUUGAGUAAUAGUGGAAAAGGUUAA